AUGACUCCAUUCGUCACACUGGCCAAGAUAACCGUCUUCUUCUUUUGGCAUCAUCAUCCAUCAUGCAGACAGUACCAGCACUCGAACGGAUGGCCCUCCACCGCUCAAGCGCCAGUUGAAAUCACCGAAUCACAUUGGAUGAUAGAUCGUAUUUGCCUCUACCGUUCAAGGUCAUAUCGCCCGUCCCUGGAGGAGACUCCGCCGGCCCCAAGUAAAAAAGACCAUAAUCUCGCUUUCUUUACAGUCAGACCACCGGAAAAAGGGAUUCCAAAUAUACCUCAAUAUCAAUUAUAUCUCAAUAUCGAGCAUGCUAUGGCGCCAACAACCACGCCGCAAUCUGCCUUACCCAAAGGCUGGCCUGGCAAGACCCUGUAUCUGCAUGCACCAUCAAUCUCCAAACAGCUCAACAGUGACAAAUCCAAGACACUAGUCGUGCCCCAAAAAAGCCUGCCCCUCGAAACAAAAGUAUACAAGUCAACAGGGCCCUAUACAAACGUCAAGAUAACGCCUGUUUCCGACCCUGCCCAUCCCGCACACGGCCAACACGCCCUCCUUGCUAACCAGCACUUGCCUCCCGACUCCUUUAUACUGCCUUAUAUGGGCUACGUACAUGACCAGACUGAUACAGAUGAACACUCCAAUUACGACUUAUCUCUAGAUCGUGACCUCGGCAUCGCUGUCGAUGCAACCAACAUGGGCAACGAGGCACGCUUCAUCAACGACUACCGCGGCGUCUCCGCCCACCCGAAUGCAGAGUUUCGCGACAUCUACUGCGAGAUUGGCCGGGGCGCGGCGGAGAAGCGGGUGGGCGUCUUUGUGCUGAGUGCUGGCAAGAGUGGCAAGAGGUCAAAGGGGAUUGCAAAAGGCCAGGAGAUACUCGUCUCCUAUGGCAAAGGCUUCUGGACAGAGCGCCAGACGGUAGAGUCGUGA